GGAAAUAGACAGGCAUGUUUUGUACAGGGACUGCCACGUGCAGGCCUGACGGCUUCCUGCACCAACCCUUGUGUUCUUGUGUGCUGCUGCUGCUGCUGCUGGUGCUGCUGCAAAAUCUCUUCCUAUUAAUCCCUUUCUUUGCUGUGAAUGCUUGUGGAGGUUUUACACAUUGCUUUUAGUGCUGCGAAGUGUUGACUGUCGCUGUGAAAGGGUUGAAAGGUUAAUGAUCCUGGGAGGCAAAGAAAACUGCUGGUCUGUGCAUCAAUAGCCGUGGUGUUCUGAUGGUCUGCCUUCUUCAUCACUUCUCACCAAAACAAGAAAACAACAAAACUUGAUUGAAAAACAAGCCACAGAGACAGGCAGAGCGGGUGGGAGUGCAGGGGAGAGGGAGAGGGAGAGAGGACGGUGUGGGAGACAAGACAGAUAUGGAGAGAGAUGAUACUUAACAUUGCAUCUCUUGCUAUUCAAAGCUAGGUGAGUGUGUUGAAGCCUCGCCUCCUGAAAGAGUUCAAGUCACCGGCAGGGGGAAACACCAGCAGGCAGCGAGUUCAGGAGUGUGCCAGUAAAGGGGAUGAGAGACUGAGAAUACUGGUUAACUCUUGCAUCAGGGAGGUGGACAGAAUAGUGGUGAAAGAUUGAGAAUACUGGUUAACUCUUGCAUCAGGGAGGUGGACAGAAUAGUGGUGAAAGACUGAGAAUACUGGGUUAACUCUUGCAUCAGGGAGGUGGACAGAAUAGUGGUGAAAGAUUGAGAAUACUGGUUAACUCUUGCAUCAGGGAGGUGGACAGAAUAGUGGUGAAAGAUUGAGAAUACUGGUUAACUCUCGCAUCAGGGAGGUCGACAGAAUAGUGGUGAAAGAUUGAGAAUACUGGUUAACUCUUGCAUCAGGGAGGUGGACAGAAUAGUGGUGAAAGAUUGAGAAUACUGAUUAACUCUUUCAUUCAGGAGGUGGAGAGUAUUGUGGUGAAAGAUUGAGAAUACUGGUUAAUUCUUGCACUAGGGAGCUGCAGACAAUAGUGGUGAAAGAUUGAGAAUACUGGUUAACUCUUGCAUCAGAGAGGUGGACAGAACAGUGGUGAAAGAUUGAGAAUACUGUUGAACUCUUUCAUUCAGGAGGUGAACAGUAUAGUGGUGAAUGAUUGAGAAUACUGGUUAACUCUUGCAUUAGGGAGGUGGACAGAGUAGAGGUGAAAAAUUGAGAAUACUGGUUAACUCUUGCACUAGGGAGGUGGAGACAAUAGUGGUGAAAGAUUGAGAAUGCUGGUUAACUUGCAUUCAGAAGGUGGACAGAAUAGUGGUGAAAGAUUGAGAAUGCUGGUUAACUCGUGCAUUAGUGAGGUGGACAGAAUAGUGGUGAAAGAUUGAGAAUACUGGUUAACUCUUGCAUUAGAGAGGUGGAGACAAUAGUGGUGAAAGAUUGAGAAUACUGGUUAACUCUUGCAUUAGGGAGGUGGAGACAAUAGUGGUGAAAGAUUGAGAAUACUGGUUAACUCUUGCAUCAGGGAUGUGGACAGAAUAGUGUUGAAAGACUGAGAAUACUGGUUAACUCUUGCAUUAGGGAGGUGGACAGAAUAGUGAUGAAAGAUUGAGAAUGCUGGUUAACUCUUGCAUCAGGGAGGUGGACAGAAUAGUGGUGAAAGAUUGAGAAUACUGGUUAACUCUUGCAUCAGGGUGGAGACAAUAGUGGUGAGAAAGUAAGGCCUCUUAUCAAAUUAUAUUGAGAUUUUUUGACCAAAUAGUUAGGAGUAUAUAAAAUUUCAAUAAAAUUGCUAGCAAGAUCUGCCCCCAAGCUUGAAAGAGGCAGAGACAGCAAGGAAGUGGUUCUCAGAGUGGGGGUGUGACGAAUAGACUGCAUCAGUAGUCAGUAGGGAGCUGUGAAAGAAGACUGCAGCAGUGUGUGGACAGGGAUGGCAGGUGGAAAUAGACUGCAUCAGUAGUCAGUAGGGAGCUGUGAAAGAAGACUGCAGCAGUGUGUGGACAGGGAUGGCAGGUGGAAAUAGACUGCAUCAGUAGUCAGUAGGAGGCUGUGAAAGAAGACUGCAGCAGUGUGUGGACAGGGAUGGCAGUUGGAAAUAGAUAGGCGUGUCUUGUACAGGGACUGCCACUUGUAGGUGUGAUGGCUUCCUGCUCCAGCUCUUGUGUUCUUGUGUACUACUGCUACUUGGAAGGCUCUGCAAUGGUGCCACCUUAAGUCCACUGCAACACACUUGUCCUCCAAUGUACGAUAAUGCACCAAGGUCCUUAAGAAUGGCAUUUAUUGAUUUUAUGAUUAUGAUUAUUUUUAUUUUUUUUUACAGUGUCUCUCUUACAUAGAAAUACAAUAAUUAAAAAGUGCAAUAUAUUUUUUGGAGGUGGUUUGUUAUUUGGUAACUUUGAUUUUUGCGUUUAAUGACAAAUUAAGUUGGUGGCAAGAGGAGUAGACAUUUCAAGUUACCCUCCAUUUCCACCCAUGGCUUGCUGGUUCUCUAAUACUUGGUCAAAAUUUAUGAAUCAUUAAUAAAUUAUUCAAAGGUUAGGAGGAGAAAGUGGAGAUUGAGGCAUGUAGCAUGGGAGAAUUUCCAGGUAGACUUGAGUGAAAAUGUGAGGAUGGAAGCCUGAAUGGUGUGGAUGAAAUGAACGACCGACGGGAUGCCGCAGCCAGCCAGCCAGACAGGGUACGUGAGAAUUAGUGCCGGGAAGCGUGCAUGUAAGCCGUGGUGGAGUGACGAGAUUAGGGAUGCAGGAAAGGAAGGAAAGAGACUAAAUAGGGUCUUACGGUCAUGCCUACCUCAUCAAUAAACGUGUCAGGGAGAACUGCCUUUCCUCGACCCUACGAUGAUGGGUGUGAUCAGUAAAACAGAUCACCUGAGAGCCAAUUGAUGCCCAGCCGGUGCGGCUACACAGAUGAUGUAGUUUCUUAUGAGUGAAUCGGCAGAUGAGCUUCAAAGUUUGUUGGAUGUAGUGGAUGGCUAUGGUAAAGACUUUGGAGUAAGGUUUAGCAGUGAGGAAAGCAAAGUAAUGAUUGUGAAUAGAUCAGAGGAUGAAAGUAAUGUGGUAUGGAGACUUGGAGAGAAUGAGUUGAGACAGGUGCAAGAAUACAAGUACUUAGGGAUGUGGAUGAGUCCUAGUGGGUGUGCAAAGGCAAAGAAUGAAAAGAUAAGUAUGGUAAACCAGUGGGUAGGUCGAUUGGGAAGCGCGGCAAGGAUGAGAGCAAGUAAGUAUGAUGUGUUGAGAGAAGUGUGGAAGAGUGUGGCUGUGCCAUGUAUAAUUAUAAUGUAUGGUAUGGAUGUGAUUCUAUGCAAUGAAAGUGAAAUUGAUAAGUUAGAAGUGGGCCAGAAUAGAGUAGCAAGGAUGGCACUGAAUGCACCGAGGUGCACAGCAGUUGAAGCCUUGAGAGGUGACAUGGGAUGGAGCACCUUUAGAGAAAGACUCACAAAAGCCACACUUAGGUACAAGAUUAGGUUUGAGAGAAUGGAUGAUGCAAGAAUAUCAAGGAAGGUGUACCUGUGGAAUGAAAGUGGAAGCAAAUGGAGGAAGAGAUGCAUGAGAAUGACCGAUAGGAAUGGAUUGCAAGUUGUGUGGGCGAUAAGAAUGGCUGGGAGGAAUCAAAAUGAGCGUGAAUGGGUGGUAACAAGAGGAGGCUGAGUGGGAGCCGAAUGGGAUGUGAGAAAAUGGAAGAAUGAGAUAGAUAAAGAAGUGAAAUGUGUGGGACUGAAUGAAUGGAAGAAUGAAAUGGAAAGAAAGAAGACCCUGGAAUGGUACAAGGAGAAAGAGGCCCCGAGGUAUGAAAAGUGGUAUGAUGGAAGCCUGGGCGGUGAUCUUCUCUUUCGAGCGAGGGCACAGUGUAUGGAUGUGAAUGCAAGGAGUUACAGGUGGUCUGAGUCCCGCAGCAAAGUGUGCCAGAUGUGUGACAUGGAAGAGGAUGAGACGGUGGAACAUGUGGUGCUGGAGUGUGUGAAGUAUGCCAGAGACAGGAAUGAGAUGAUGCAAGUGAUACUGACUGAGUUAGGGCAUGAUAGGAAUGAAAGAGUGGAGAAGACAGGAAAGGAAUGGAUGGUGUUGUUGCUGGGACUGUGUAGAGAGGCGAAUGAAAGGAUGAUUGAGGCGGUGAAAGAGUUUCUGGAGAGAAUGUGGCGUGCCAGGUGUAUGAACAAUUAGGAUAGAGGAUGCUGUUCGUUUCUCUUUUUUUUUUUUUUUUUUUUCUUCUACAGGAGUUGCCGAUCCAAAGGCCUGGCUCAGGAGUGAUCCUGUGCCACCUGUACCAUCAAGAUCAAGAUCAAGAUGUACCAUUAAGAUCAAGAUCAAGAUCUGGCGCCAAGUUACUUGUGUGUUUUGUUGUCUGUGUCUGUUGGAGCGUCCGCGUGCUGCGUGGUGGUCAGUGGUCAGGUCACGCUGAGUGUGCGGCAGCUUGCGCCUGUGUCUGAGCUGGCCUGGGUCACCUGUGGUCACCUGUCCACUCUGUGUCUGGUGGAGGGAACAGACAAGACGUCAGCGUGGUGGUCAGUGGUCAGGUCACGCUGAGUGUGCGGCAGCUUGCGCCUGUGUCUGAGCUGGCCUGGGUCACCUGUGGUCACCUGUCCACUCUGUGUCUGGUGGAGGGAACAGACAAGACGUCAGCGUGGUGGUCAGUGGUCAGGUCACGCUGAGUGUGCGGCAGCUUGCGCCUGUGUCUGAGCUGGCCUGGGUCACCUGUGGUCACGUGCGGAGUGGCGGCGCCUCCCUGGGCUCACCUGAGGGCGUGCAGGAGAACAGACGCGGUGAAAGAGCAAGGCCAGACUGGCAAGUCCUCCUGUCCAUUGUGCCCCAGAGCCUCUCAGAUCAGUGGCUGGCAAGUCCUCCCAUCCUCUCUGCCCCAGAGCCCCUCAGGUCAGUGGCUGGCAAGUCCUCCCAUCCUCUCUGCCCCAGAGCCCCUCAGGUCAGUGGCUGGCAAGUCCUCCCAUCCUCUCUGCCCCAGAGCCCCUCAGGUGCAAGGUCGGGGUGCAUCCUUGGUGCAGCCCCAGGGUUCCUGCAGGAACAGCCACGGCCAGGAGCAGCGUUGCAAUGGAGGGUGCGAGGCCAGGCAGCAGCAGCAGCAGCGGCAGUAGUAACAGCCUGGAGCAGCAGGUGACCCAAGGCGGGAGGACCUACACUUGUGACCACUGCGGCAAAGUGUGCUCCACCAAGGCUGCCAUUGCCAGACACGUCCUCUCCCAUGCCAGCAAGACAAGGCUGAGAGGCAGGAGUGGCCCCGCUGAACACACUGCCACCCACACUGGUGGCAGGAACCACAAGUGUGACCUCUGCGGGAAGACAUUUGUCCGGAAGAGUCAUCUUGCCUCACACAUCCUCACCCACACUGGGGAGAGAAAGUUCCAGUGCCUGGAGUGUGGGAAAAGAUUUACUAAGGGGAGUCAUCUUAACAGACACAUCCUCACCCACACUGGGGAGAGAAAGUUCCAGUGCCUGGAGUGUGGGAAAAGAUUUACCCACAAGGGUUCCCUUAACACACACAUCCUCACCCACACUGGGGAGAGAAAGUUCCAGUGCCUGGAGUGUGGGAAAAGAUUUACCUGGAAGGGUUCCCUUAACACACACAUCCUCACCCACACUGGGGAGAGAAAGUUCCAGUGCCUGGAGUGUGGGAAAAGAUUUACCCAGAAGGGUACUCUUGACAGUCACAUCCUCACCCACACUGGGGAGAGAAAGUUCCAGUGCCUGGAGUGUGGGAAAAGAUUUACCCAGAAGAGUAAUCUUAACACACACAUCCUCACCCACACUGGGGAGAGAAAGUUCCAGUGCCUGGAGUGUGGGAAAAGAUUUACCCAGGAGAGUCAUCUUAACACACACAUCCUCACCCACACUGGGGAGAGAAAUUUCCAGUGCCUGGAGUGUGGGAAAAGAUUUACCCGGAAGGGUUCCCUUAACACACACAUCCUCACCCACACUGGGGAGAGAAAGUUCCAGUGCCUGGAGUGUGGGAAAAGAUUUACCCAGGAGAGUCAUCUUAACACACACAUCCUCACCCACACUGGGGAGAGAAAGUUCCAGUGCCUGGAGUGUGGGAAAAGAUUUACCCGGAAGGGUUCCCUUAACACACACAUCCUCACCCACACUGGGGAGAGAAAGUUCCAGUGCCUGGAGUGUGGGAAAAGAUUUACCCGGAAGGGUUCCCUUAACACACACAUCCUCACCCACACUGGGGAGAGAAAGUUCCAGUGCCUGGAGUGUAUGAAAAAAUUUACCCAGAAAAGUGAUCUUAACAGACACAUCCUCAUCCACACUGGGGAGAGAAACUUCCAGUGCCUGGAGUGUGGGAAAAAAUUUACCCAGAAGGGUACUCUUGACAGUCACAUCCUCACCCACACUGGCGAGAGAAAGUUCCAGUGCCUGGAGUGUGGGAAAAGAUUUACCCACAAGGGUACUCUUAACACACACAUCCUCACCCACACUGGAAAGAAGAAGAGAAAACAGCCAAAAUCAUAGCUGUUGCAGUCCCCGGUGACUCCGGCCUCAGUAGAGCUGAAAGGCACAAAACUACAAAAUAUCACGACCUAAAAAGUGACCUGGGAACAACAUGGUCGCCGAUGGACACCGGUAUAAUACCAGUGGUGGUGUGGGCGACAGGGCUAAUGAAGAAAACCUGGAGAGCUGCCUGGAGGCAAUCCCCGGUCGCCCAAGUGCCCACGAGGUACACACAGCUGCGGUCAAGGGAACGGUCGCCACGCUGAACAUAACCCUCGGAUGCAAUGCCGGCGCUGCUGAGGGUGUGACCGCUAACACCAGGCUUGGGGCCCAUUGCACUCACCAGACAACAAAACAGGAAAGUGCAGAAAACGGGGAGAGAAUGUUCCCGUGCCUGCAGUGUGGGAAAAGAUUUACCCACAAAGGUAAUCUUAACACACACAUCCUCACCCACACUGGGGCUUGUACAAACUCAGUGCACCCUGAGUGUAGGAAGACAGAAGGAAGCAGAAACAGAAGGAUUUGCUCUGAACCACCCUGGAGAGAGAAACUGCAGCAGAGGAUCACCCAUCAAAGAGAAGAAAUCUGGCAGAUAACAAGCUUCCUGCAAGACCAAAACCACACAAGGAACCUCCUCAAGAAAACAGACAGAAUGACAGGAAGGCGCAGCGCAAGCAACGGCCGGCCGGGCGGAAGACCGGCAGGGGCCGAGCCCCGGCCGAAGCCUUGGCACCACAGAUGAGGACAAAGACAAGAAAAUAAAGGCCAGAAAGAUGAAGAGGCAGCUUGCAGAAAAGCCAGGGUUGGUGUGCAGACACAUGGCAAAGACCUCAACAGAAGUACAAGACCCACCCGAGAAAGAAGUGGCCGAGGGAUGCUGGAAGACCCCACGCAGCAUCAGGCAGCCCCUGGGAUACAGACCACCACGGUUAAACACACAAGUAAACAACAACAAUGCCAGCUGUUCAACUUACACAGGAAGGUCUGCUGAGAAAGAGAGUGAGUCAAUGCAGCAAGUUUGAGGCUCCAGGUGUAGACAAAGCCCCAAGUUUUGGGUCAGAAAGAUUACACGAGUGCACCGUUCCGUGCACUCGUUUGUACCAGACUACAGAAAGGAAAAGAGGAGCCCCCACAAUGGCUGGCCACUGGAAACACCAGCCUGCCACCAAACGCCAGCCAGACUCCACUGCCAUCCAGACACGGAGCCGUCCGCUGCCCGUCAACAACACGCAGGUGGCCGACAGAGACACCGGUGUGGAGUUUGGUCUGGUGGAGUGCUCCACAUGCACCGGCAGGACUGGCAAGAAGGUAGCACCAGAAACACACACACUGGUGAACAGGACUGCAUUCAACACCUUGCCAUUCAACACCUUGCUCAACACUUCACAUGCAAGUGUUUGGGAACACAAGAGAAUGCCACACUACAACACAAAAAAUUAGAAAAACAAUCAACAAAGAAUUACCAAAACACCUUGAAAAAGAUUCGCAGGUCAGAACUAACACCAAAAAACAAGACUAGUGCCACAAACCAGCUGGCAGUACCAGUAGUGACUUGUGGGUGUGGUGUGGUGUGGUGACUGGCCACAAGACUACUGCCACAAACCAGCUGGCAGUACCAGUAGUGACUUGUGGGUGUGGUGUGGUGUGGUGACUGGCCACAAGACUACUGCCACAAACCAGCUGGCAGUACCAGUAGUGACUUGUGGGUGUGGUGUGGUGUGGUGACUGGCCACAAGACUACUGCCACAAACCAGCUGGCAGUACCAGUAGUGACUUGUGGGUGUGGUGUGGUGUGGUGACUGGCCACAAGACUACUGCCACAAACCAGCUGGCAGUACCACUAGUGACUUGUGGGUGUGGUGUGGUGUGGUGACUGGCCAAAAGGUUUAUUCUGAAAUGUAAUCUUGACAAACAUCCUCACCCACACUGUGGUAAGGAAGUACAGGUGUGGUGUUUGUGGCAGUGUUUCUGUAGGAAGAGUGGUGUUGCCAGACACAUCCAAACACUCCUGUGGGGGUGAGGUGUUGUGGAUGUGCUGGUGGUGUGUGAGGGACUUGGAGUGACUAGUGUUUGUGUGUUGUUACUUUGUACUCAAGUGUUGGAAUAAACUUUUGUUGCUAGAA